AUGUCAACUCACGUGUAUCCACCGGGGACAGACUUCAGGUCGACUCCAGACUAUAAGGGCGGUGUUCUUCGGGCUCUCAAUGCCACUCUCAUCCCUGUCACGACGUUGUUCUUUGGUAUGAGGAUAUACGUCAGGUUGUUCAUGACGAAGAAUGCUGGGUUGGACGAUGCGCUUGGUCUUGUAGCCUAUCUGUUCGCGGUUGUAUUGUCGAGUUUUGACCUUGUCACUGUCCAAUAUGGAAGUGGCGCACACAUUGCCCUCGUCCCGCCGGAGACACUUCGCAAGUUCUUCAAUAUACUACCUACGCAAACCAUGUGGUAUUUCUGGGCAACAUGUUUCGUGCGUCUGACAGUCGCAGCAUUUCUGCCUCGCUUGAGCAAAGAGAGACUUUAUUUGUACCUUAUAUAUGGGAUUGCUGCCUUUACCGUUGUACAGACGACUGUUUGCUUCCUGUACAAACUGUUGGAGUGUAGGCCAGUCAAAGACUUAUGGCUACCACCUGAUACGCCUGGAACGAAUUGUGUUUCUCAAGCUGCGAAUGAAACGAUGAUGACUAUCAACGCCGUAUUUGGCAUUGCCAUAGAAUGCGCCUUGCUGGCUCUUCCCAUCUGGAUUGUCUCUAGGAAAAUGAUGGUCUCUCGCAAGAUGUUUCAGGUAAUUCUCAUCUUCUGCGUCGGUAUCUUCGUCAUCAUGGCUGGUGUCGUCCGUCUGUACUACAUGAAGACACUUCUGUUCGCCAGCGAACCAACAUUCCAUAUGUCAACCACCGGAGUCUGGUCUGAUCUUGAAGUUCACCUGGGUCUCUGGUGCGCGUGUUUUCCUGCACUACAACCAAUCAUACGAAUCGUAUCCUUCAAGCUCGGAUUCCGCUCCAAACUUCUCAGCUAUGACAAUACGCCUGGUAAGAGAAGUGGUGGUCCUUCCGGUCAUAUGCGUGGUACCACGGGUGCCCAGCGCUCGACUCACGGAUAUUUGAGAAGUGGAGUGGGGGUUGAUAAGCAGUGGACGGAAGCGGACUCUGAUAGCCAGAAGGGGAUUGUUUCGGAGGUAAAGAGCUUUGAGAUGGAAAACUUGGGACAAAUACAUAAGCAGACAGAUGUUCAGGUCAUCAUAGAAGACAAUGGUGAUGGACAGAAGAAAGUUGGGAGACAGGAGAACUGGAUUGACGUUUGA